GCCGGGGCUCUCAUUCACAGCUUUCUAGAGAAAUCUGAGCCCGAACCUGCCAGAAUAGGGGAUCUCACCCACUCAGCUCAGCACCGAGGACACCUGCAGAAACACAUUACCAAAGCAAGGCUGGGCGGCCGUGUGAAGUAAGCAAUGGCCUUGGUUUGGCUUCUCUUCUGGCUGGCCACCACCACAUAGAAUCUGAAUGUCCAACCAUUUUCCGGGAACAGAAAGAAGAGCCUCUGCUUGUCUAUUUCAGUGGCAGCUUGGUGGUAAAAAGACUGUUGAAUGGGCCACGAUUUCAGCAGACCAUCACGUGAAUGGGACCAGUCUCUUUUUUUCCCAAACAUCAGAAAUUAAGCACUUUGAAAGGAGAUUCGGCCAAGAUGACCCAUUUACAGGCUGGACUCAGCCCAGAGACUAUAGAGAAAGCACGCCUGGAACUGAAUGAAAACCCAGACGUUUUACACCAGGAUAUCCAGCAAGUCAGAGACAUGAUCAUCACCAGGCCUGACAUCGGAUUCUUACGCACAGAUGAUGCCUUCAUCCUGAGGUUUCUCCGAGCCAGGAAGUUUCACCAAGCAGAUGCCUUCAGACUCCUGGCCCAGUACUUCCAGUACCGCCAGCUAAACCUGGACAUGUUCAAAAACUUCAAGGCUGAUGAUCCUGGCAUUAAGAGGGCUCUCAUCGAUGGGUUCCCUGGAGUGCUGGAAAGCCGUGAUCACUACGGCAGGAAGAUUCUUCUGCUGUUCGCAGCCAAUUGGGAUCAGAGUAGGAACUCCUUCACAGACAUUCUCCGGGCCAUCCUGCUGUCACUGGAAGUCCUUAUUGAAGAUCCGGAGCUUCAGAUAAAUGGUUUCAUUUUAAUUAUAGACUGGAGUAAUUUCUCCUUCAAACAAGCCUCCAAGUUGACACCUUCAAUCCUCAAACUAGCCAUCGAAGGGUUGCAGGACAGCUUUCCUGCCCGCUUUGGAGGAGUCCAUUUUGUCAACCAGCCCUGGUACAUUCAUGCCCUGUACACGCUCAUCAAGCCAUUCCUUAAAGACAAGACAAGGAAACGGAUUUUCCUGCAUGGAAACAACUUAAACAGUCUCCACCAGCUAAUACACCCUGAAUUUUUGCCAUCUGAAUUUGGAGGCACCCUUCCUCCUUAUGACAUGGGAACGUGGGCCCGGACGUUGCUCGGUCCUGACUACAGCGACGAAAAUGACUACACUCACACUUCCUAUAAUGCAAUGCAUGUGAAACACACAUCCUCCAAUCUGGAGAGAGAGUGCUCACCCAAGCCAAUGAAGAGAUCUCAGUCUGUGGUAGAAGCUGGGACCCUGAAACAUGAGGACAAGGGAGAGAAUGAGAACACCCAGCCACUCCUGGCUCUGGACUGAACCCCGAGCCACCCCGUGCUCCCGACGUCUCCAACUCUCAGUGGUAUCAGCCACCAGGAAGCACAUGUGAAACUGACCACAUGACACAUGCGUUGGGCUCGACACAGGGCCUCCUCUCCUGCCACCCAGUAAUGACUGUCACCAGCCAUUGGUCUGAGCAGCCAAAGUUGAACAAAGACUUGAGAGAUGCAUUUUUGUUUUUCAAUGAGGGAAUUGGAGGAUAAAGCAAGGUAGUCAUGGAAACAAAACUCCCCCCACCCCAUAUUUAUGGUAUUAAAUGAGUUGAAAAGAGAAAAACUAAAUUUGAGGCACAUACCUCAUUAGGACAAAAAUUUCCCUAAGGCUUUGAAGAGAUGCUCUCCAGUUUUUGCAGUUUAAAAUUAAGUGCAUUUCCAAGUAGAUCCAUAAGAAUUUAAACUGUGCAGACACAAUUUUCAAGUUUAAUGUAGUGCAAAGCCCCAAGACAAUAGUAUCUCCGGUAAUCUUCAUUCCUACAUUGAGUUAUUUUCUUUGACCUCAUCACCAGCAUCCAAUCUCAAAUUGUUCAGCCUAAGAGCAUGCUCUUGUGGGUCUGGCUAUUUGCAGAGUUUGUUUAUUUUGAUAUCCUGCAAAAAUGAUUUUGAUGUCACAUCUUUGAUGAGGCCACUGGCUGAUUAUCAUGAGCUAAUUUGAAACAAAGACACAGAAAUUGAAGUAUGACUAUUUCAUCUUAGUGAUAUGGCUUCCCACAAGGAAUGUAUGUCUCUAGAGGGUAGGGGGUUAUGUUGAAAAUACAUGUUAGUGGUUAAUGAAUCUUUUCAAGUUGUCCCAUUUAGGUCACUACGGCAAGAAAAGUGCUACAAAAGCAUUACACACACACUACGUCCCCCCA